ACAUCGCUGCCCGCUGCGCAGAUGUUUUGUACAUCGCUAGAUCAGAUCGAUUUAAGAGUUCGGGUGGAGUGGACGGAACGGAACGGAGCGGCGCUGGCGGUUGUUUAAAUCGCCCGUUUAUUAUUGUUUUUAGUUUCGCUCUCGUGUGCCUCGGUUUUAACUUUAUUAUAUUGCGGUUGCACUUUAUUAUAUUCUGCGUGCAUUAAAAAUAAUACCUCCUUUGCCUUGUUUGCUGAGCUACACCUAAAAUUUUUUUUAAUAAUUGUUAAAGCUAGUGCUGUUUUUGUUAAAGUGUUUUAUCCCCUAAUUCCAACAACAACAACAACAACCGAAAACGCAUUCCUGCACACGAAGGAGAAAAAAGAUGCGUGUGCGUGUGUAUUAGUGCAGUCUCUCUGCGCUGCGUUUGUGUGUGUGUGUAUGUGUGUAUGCUGCAACUGGAAACCAAAAUUAACCAACAACAACAACGUUAAACCAAGAGUAGUACAAAAAGUAAAGAUAAAUAAAGAAAAACUUAACCAAGCGACAAUGUGAUGCGAAAAGGCGAUAAAAAAAACAGCAAAAACAAAGCGCGAAGAGAAAGAGAAAAAACGCGGAAAUGCAGUUGAGCGCAUAAUUUUUAUAAGCCAAGCGACAAACGCACACUGCAACAACAGCAACAAAAAUAACUCAAAGGCAAAGCGAGAGGGGAAGUAAAUAAAAUUCAAGAAGUAAAAACAGAAGCAUCAGCGAAAAAGAGAAAGAAGUAGAUGUACUAGAAGGGGAAGAAGAAGAAGCAGCAGCAGCAGCGUCAACAAACACAAAUACAAAAUAUACCUGCGUGUGCUCCCUCUCUUUGUCUCUUUCUCCACCUCUCUCACUCUGCGAAUGUGUGUGUGUGCCAUGCUCUCGAGAAUACACUGAGCGAAAAAUAACAAAAUGUUGCAGGCCGCUAGCAGCACAACAACGACAACAACAGCAGCAGUGGGAAAUACAGCAGACACAGGAAACAGUGAAGGCCCGAUAGUAGCGACGCCGGAGGAGAAAUCCCAAAGACGACGCUCCACAUUCUAUGUACCAUUGGUAAUAGAAGACGAAGAGGAGACCAAAAAGGAUACGCCCGCAGAUCAUCUGGUCCAGAAGUCCUCGAGCAAUACGAGCCUAAGUAGCAAUAGCAAUUCCCUAACGAAUUCCGAAACAAAAUCAUCGAAAAGCUAUAGUCUGCGCAAAUCGAGUUCGGUGAAGAGCGGCGUGGCCAAGGUUAGUGCUCUCUUCGAGCGGAAAACUCCAUCGAAAAUGUCGCCACCUUGCGGCUUCAAUUGGAGCAUCAGUGGCAGCGAGAAUACGGCCCAGUACUCCGAUACCGAUGAGGAUGAGGAGAACUCCACGGAGGCACGUCAUCGCGAACAGCUGCUGAAGACCCUGCCCAGCGGCAAUAAUAAUUCCACCACCGCAUCCCCAUCGAAACUGAAACGAUAUGGCAUCGUACUGAACGUCAUCAGUUUGAAUGGCAGCGAUAACGAGCAGUCCUCGAUGGGUAGUAAUGGUAGCAGCAUGCCAUCCAUGCCAUCCAUGCCAAACAGCCAGAACAUACCAAAUGCGGCUGCGCCCAGGACACAUUUCAAUGAGGAGAACGACAUUGUCCUGGCCACGCCCCCGCCGCCCAAACAGCAGGCACUAUCCGCCGCCCAUGAGUCUAACGACUACGAUGAUGACUCAGAGAUAAGUCGCAUGCAGACGAACACCUCGACGCCCAUAAAGCUAAUGAAAUCGCGAUCGCGAACCAAUAUACUGGCCGUACCGCUGCCAUCGGUGGAGCGCGGUUUGGCAACAACAAAUACGACGCCCAAUAAUAAUAAUACUAAUGGUAAUAGUAAUGGUAGUACCAGUAAUACGACCACUACGACAACGACAACGACGACGACGACGCUGAUUACGCUCCGUGCAAAAUCGAAGACCCUGCCGCAAAAUCUAUCGCCCUCAGUUGUUUUACGCGAGGCAGCCGCACUGGAUGAGCUCGAGAAGAAGCGGGAAAAGUACCAGGAGAAGCAGGAGAAGCGGGAAAAGCUGCAGGAGAAACAGCGUCAGCUGUUCGGCGGCAGUACGGCCAGUCAGAUAGCGGGCUCGUCUCCAUACAAGCUGCAGAACAGCUGUUCGGCCACCUCGAUACUCACGCACAGUUUUCCGCCGAAGAACCUCUUUCUACUCAAGUCCACGCCCAAGCUGUCAACGGAUAUAGCCGCGGCCACGCCCCCAAAUACCUCGGCGAUCUGUUCGCCGCCCAAGAAAUCGCUUAGCUUCAUCCGACGUGCCCACUCCACCAAGGUGGCACGCAGCAAUUCGCUGCUCAAACCAAAUCAGGCUGGAAUCCUAGGAUCGGGCAGUGGAUCCAACGGACUCGGAGUCCAUCAGGGCGUCAUGCAGGGAGCAUUGUCCAUCAGCUGUGCUGGGGACAAUUCCAGCAACAAUGGCAGUUGGGGCAAACACUUCUACCAGCCCUACGAUGUGUGUCCCUUGAGUCUGGACGAGCUCAACUGCUAUUUCCAGGCGGAUCAGUGCGAGAAACUGAUCUGCGAACGGUUCAAGAUCAGGGAUCUGGCCAUACACAUGGCAUCCGCAUCCGCAAUUGGAGCGGAUCUCUCUGUGACCACAGAGAAUGAGACAACGGCAACGGCGGACGACGAUGCGGGACAUCAUUCCGAUACGUCCUAUGAGAAGGCGUGCCGCCGUGGAUCAGCGCCCACCACGCCCAUUUUGGGCAGCAAACAGCACCAGACGGAGCACAAUGCCACCUCGCGUUUCACCAACUUCUUUUCCAAAAAAUCCAAUCCUUUGAAGCGGACCAAGUCGGUGACCAAGCUGGAGCGGACCAAGCGCGGAUCCGGCGGACUGAGGGGCUCCCGCUCGCACGAGAGUUUGCUGUCCAGUCACGCCGUCAUGUCCACCAUAGAUCUCUCGUGCACUGGGGCGGUGGGCGUGGCGCCCGUGCACCAGUCGGUUCUGGGACGUCGUCACUGUUUCCAGGUACGGGGCGGGCCUCGUGGCGAGCGGUACUACUCAUGCGGAUCGCGCCAGGAGCGCGACCUUUGGAUCUACUCGCUGCGCAAGUCGAUCGCUCCGAAUGCAGAGCACACGCGUCGCACGGACAACUCGCUGAAGAUGUGGGUGUACGAGGCGAAGAAUCUGCCGCCCAAGAAGCGUUACUUUUGCGAACUGCAACUGGACAAGACGCUGUACGGCCGGACUUCGGUGAAGCUGCAGACGGAUCUGCUGUUUUGGGGAGAGCACUUCGAUUUCCCCGACAUACCCGAGAUUAAUGUGAUCACUGUAAACGUUUUCCGUGAGGUGGACAAGAAGAAAAAGCGGGACAAAUACCAGUUUGUGGGAUCGGUGAAGAUACCCGUGCACGAUGUCACCUCCAGAUUGCCCUGCGAGCAAUGGUAUCCCAUCCUGAGCGACAAGGCCGGCGACAGUCUGGGCAGGACCUCGGGCGGCGGCGGCAGUGGGUCCAAGGACAAGGAGCAGUUGCCCACGCUGAGGAUCAAGUGCCGUUUCCAGAGCACCGACAUCCUGCCCAUCAAUGUGUACGCCAACUUUUUGGCCUACCUCAAGGAGAACUACAAGCGCGUGUGCGAGACCCUGGAGCCGGUGAUCGGAGUCAAGGCCAAGGAGGACAUUGGACAGGCACUGGUGCUGCUGAUGCACGCACAGGGAUUGGCGGGCGCCUUCCUCACCGAUGUGGUGGCCCUCGAUCUGCUGCGAGUUGGCGAUCAGAGGCUUACGUUCAGGGGCAACUCCUUGGCCACCAAGAGCAUGGAGGCAUUCCUCAAGCUGACGGGCGAACAGUAUCUGCAGGACACACUAUCCGCACCCAUAAACGAGCUGAUUCAGUCGGAGAGGGACUGCGAAGUGGAUCCCACCAAGACGAGCGGUUCGUCGGCGGGCUCGCUGCAGCGACAGCAGGCCGCCUUACGCGGCGCGGUCCGAGGGGCGUGGCAGUGCAUCUUUGAAUCGCACAAGCAUUUCCCCGCCCAGUUGCGCAACUGCUUUGCCACGUUCCGGGAGCGCUUGCAGCAGCUGGGCCGUCAGGAUAUGGCCGACAACCUGAUCUCGGCGAGCAUUUUCCUGCGCUUCCUGUGCCCGGCCAUCCUGUCGCCGUCGCUCUUCAACAUCACCAGCGAACUGCCGUCCGCACGUGCCACCCGCAAUCUCACAUUGGUGGCCAAGACACUGCAAACAUUGGCCAACUUCACCCGCUUCCAGGGCAAGGAGAACUUUAUGGAGUUUCUCAACGAUUUCCUCGAGCAGGAGGCCGCUCGUAUGCAACAGUUUCUGGAGAUUAUAUCCACGCGGCCGGAGCACCCAGCUCCGGACUCAAUCCUCGAUUGGGCCGGUUACAUCGACCAGGGCAAACAGUUGUCCAUACUACACAGUUUGCUCAGCGAAAGCCUGGCCAAGCUGCCGGAGGCCAGGCAGCACGAGCUGGAUCCGUUGCAGCACAUUCUCGAUGAAAUCAGCCGAGCCAAAGAGCAUGGCAUGGGCACAGCACUGCCGGGUGGAUAUUUGCCGGCCACCUCGUCCACGCACUCGAUAGCCAGCGAGAAUCAGGAGAAUCGCAACCCGGGAUCAUCGGGCUCGCACACCGGCUCCAACUCGGAGCAGUUACUGCCACAACAAAGCCAGUUGGCCCAGCCGCAGCAUGCGAUUGUUAGUAAACCAUUGUCUGCGGAGCGCGGAAUCAUGCGAGGAGUACUUACGCCGAAUUCUCUGGAGAAGAAUAUCUUUAGGUACAAUGAUCCCACGGUUAAUGGCUUACUGCAGCAGCAGCAACAACAGCAGCAGCAGCAACAGCAGCAGCAGCAACAUCAGCAGCUGCAACAGCAUGGCCACCAGCAACAGCCGCACCACCAGCAUCCACUCCAGAUGCUCUCCAAUUCACAAACCUCCAUUGCCGGCAACCAAUAUAUGAGUUCGCCGGGAGGCCUGCAGCAUGCCCAAUCGCAGACCUCGAUGGCAUCCUCAUCGCUAAAUGGGAGCAGCAGCAAUUUGCUGCACGGCCACCAGCAGCAUGCCCAUCACCCGCAGCAGCUGCAUCCACAUCACUGCCCGCCGGCGCCACAGACCAGUGCCUCCAGCACCAUGGAGCGCAUGGAUCGCAUGAACUAUCCGUAUAUGUCGCAUAAUGGCAAUGACUACGAGACCAGCACGCCUUCGAGCACUCGCUCCAGGACACUGCCACGGAAUGGAAAUCCCAAUGCCAAUGGCAAUGUGGGCAGCAGCAACAAUAACCAGAGCGGCAGCUACGAUGACAUGCACGGGGAGUUCCAAAUCCAGAUCUCUGGGUUCGAUACGAGCAGUGCUUUUGUCUGCAAGUCGCCCACACCCAUGAUGAAAUCCAGUUUGGGACCAGCGGGGGCCGGACGAAGCCAUCACAAACUGAAUUUGGGAAUACCCGAUCACUCAGGUGGCUAUGUGCGGGGUAACAAUAUGAAUCCCAACUCGAAUAUGCCCAAGAACUUGGAGGAUCUGGACGAUCUGUUCAAGUACGCCGAGGAGCAUGACGUGGCGGAGCCAGCGAACCAUCACCAUAACAACCAGGGUCAGCAGAACCACCAGGGUCAUCUGAAGCCGGCCGCCGUUCCCGGCAAGGAGCAGCUGUCGGCGAAAAGCAGUCACUGCAGCUCUGGCUACCAGAGCAUCUCCACAAAUCCCUCGCCCUCGCAGUCCUCCAGUCCCGUGGAGAGCCAGCUGAAGGCCGCGAUGGGCAGUCACAAUGCGCCGUUGGCCUUCAAGAAUCCCUCCUAUCAGCUUCAGCCCCAAACUGGCUCGUCCAGAUCAUCGGCACAGGGUAAUCCACACCAGCAGCAGCAACAACAACAGUUUGGCAGCCGCUUGAAACCAAUUGGAGGUGGACUGGUGGCCGCGAGGGCGGCUUUCCUCAACAGUGGCGGAGCCUUGGAGGCGGCCACUUUGACGCCCAGCUCCUCGGACGAACAGCUGUCGGCGGAUAAUUACUUCAGUUAUGCAGCGGCUGCAGCUGCUGGAGCAGGUAUUGCGACCAAAUUGGAGGCUCAACGCUCGCUCAGCGGCGGCAGUAGCUCCUCCACCUCAGCAUCUGCGUCCACCUCGAAUCUGGGCAAGAGCGGCGGUUCAUCCGCCUACGGGCGGCUGAAUGGGCCGCUUAAGCGCGAGGAUGUCUACGGCAGUGGCUACGGCGGCAGCAGUGGAAAUGUGGGCUAUGGCUUGUCCACUUCCAGUGCCGCGGGACACCAUCAACAUCCCCACCAGCAGCAGCAGAAUCCGAUGCAGCAGCAGCAGCAGAGGGAACGGGAUCAGGAACUAAAGCAGUAUGCCGGCAGUGUGGCGGGCAGCGUGGGAUCGGGCACAUCAGCGGCUCAGAGGCGCCUGAGCUUGGACUCGGCGCGCACGCUCUCCGACAGCAGCACGGAUACAGAGGGACACUGCAACCAAUUGCAGGAGGGCAAGCGACGCAGGCAGUUGCGCAGCAGUGGCGGCAGCGGCGGAGGAGGCGCCGGUUCUGAGCAGGGACUGGGCAAGAGCUAUGACCAGAACGGAGAGAUCCAGCUGCUGCAACAGACGCUGGACACGCUCUGCCACACGCUGGACCGGGAUGAGGCCGAGCUUCGCGACUCCAGCGACGAGCUGUUCGGCCUGCAGCGCCCGGCGGGCAGCAAUGGAUCGAACAAUCUAAGCCUGCAGUCGGAGUCCACUAUGCGCAGCAUCAUCGACAGUUUCUUUCAAUCCUCCUGCAGACUCAUCACCAUGGAGGAGGAGCUGCGACGCGAGCAGCUGAAGAUGUCGCUGGCGCUGUCGCACAAGCAGCGCGUGAUCGAGGAGCAGGGCCAGCAGAUAGCGGCACUGGAUGCGGCCAACAGCCGGCUGCUGAGUGCCCUGACCGCCCUGCGCCAGCGGUACGAGACCCAGCAGCAGCAGCAACAGCAGCACCAAGCACCACCAAAGACCCAGAAGCCACAGUGAGCGGAUGGGGGGCAGACAGGAAGGGCAGAGAUAGAAGGAGACUAAGGAGGAUUAGGAGGUGACCGCGACCGAACCCGAAACCGAAACCUAGCAUACCUAGCAUACUGACGGUGGCAUCUUUGUUGCGCUGGACACCGUCGCGGUUCCGUCUUAAGGAUACCUUUUUGUUUAUUUUUUUUUUAGAUAUUUUUUUUGUAUGCUACAUAAAUUAUAAUAUAUAUACUACAUGUUUAAUAUAUAACUAUGCAUAACAUACAUACAUUAUACAUAAUUUCUCAAUCUAUGUUUAAAACCAACAAAUUGUGAAAACGCUAAACGCAGCUGCAAAGGCAGCAAGAUAAACCCUGAAGAUCGGAGCAUGGAAGUGAAGAAGAACCAGAACAAGUUAAGAUAAUGAAUAAAAUUAUAACCAAAGUUAGACAAAAA